GCAAGGAUCCUUUCCCAGUCAAACCAACGAGACAAAUCGUCAUGUCAUCUUCAAGAAAUGAAUACCCAUUUUAUUUACCAACGCGCUGGCGACUGGACCUAAACCAUCUAUUUAUCUUACUGUCGAACUCGCGCUUUGUCUGGCUGAGCAUUUCCCACAGAUCCAAGAUGCGCUAGCUACCUAUUUUAAUGGAUUGGUUGUCUACUUGACUGUCGAACCUACGCCUAUCGUUUCCAUUACCAUCCCCAAAUCCCUACGUGAAUUCACUCGGUAUAUGCUUAGACUGUAGGCAGCACAGGCACCGGUCCAACUCUGGCCGGAUCAGACUAAAUGCUCUAUAUAUUUCGCCGACAUGCUCUGGCGCCGACUCAGUCCCUCGCAUGCAAGCGUGGCAUCGUCAAAUAUGGUCUUCCGGGAACAGCCAAAGCCCAUGGACUGUGCCCUCCGCGCCGCAGGCACCUGUCCGAGAUGACCGCUUCUGCCCACAAAUACCCAGGCUUGCACCUUCCCCUGCGAUACCUCCCGCCAGACGACGGGGGUUACGCUAUUUCCAUCCCAAAAGCUGGUUCUGGACCAAGGAUCAAUCCGUACUUUGUGCGAGAAGUCGCCAUGAUGCUAAUCAUGGAGCAGCUCACGGACAAGCAAGGCUGGGAGCGCAAGGUUUUUGACCAGGCCAUUGUGGAUAAAUGGCGAAAGGAAGCCCUGGCGAUUCCGGAUGAGCAGUGGUGGAGGGAGAUUGCUCAGAACGCAGAGGACCUAGAAGCUCCAGCAGGCAUCAUCAAUGAGUCGGCAUUUGACUAUUGCAUCAAGGAGCUGAUGGAAAAGGCCAAGUAUUUCUCAGAAACGGGAGUUAUUCCUGGUCUUGACCUUGCAGCCUCCGUCGCCAAGUCAGACACCCUAAUUGACGAGGAUCUCAAGCUUGAGCUUAGGUCCGCUGUUCAGGAACUAAAAGCACAUCAGGCUUCGUCGCCGGACUGGCACCCGUGGUCAAACGACACGGUGCAGGACCUCGUGCACCCAUCGUUGUAUCCGUUGGUGUACGGAAGGUCCAGGGUGUUCGGAGAUGAGGUUGUAGGGAUUGAAGAUGCAGUCGAGAAAUGGGCCGGAAAAGGUGAAAUCAUCACUGCCAAAGAGGGAGAAAUGAAGACAUGGGAUAUCGAAUAUGAUCUCAGGGAAUUCUGGUCCGACACAUACCAGUGGCUUCCCAGCAACCUUUCGUUCCAGGAUGACGGAAGUCUUCGCUUCACCAGCUAUAUCAACAACCUAGACCCCAAAAGAUUUGCUUGGAUAUAUAGGACUCUGGAGAAGCUUAUUGCAAAGGCGCUGCCUUUGUGGGAGCAAUGCUUGGUCAUGGCAGAUGCUUCUCACUCAGGACGUGAGCAUUGCCCAGGGAAACGGGCAGCUCGCAUACCAAAGUCUGCGAACCCCGAUGAUUCGCACUUACAAAACUGGAUCCCCAGUGAUGUGACCGAAGUAGCAGACUCUGAUAUUGAUCCGAAGCUGCUGGAGGAUGAGAAGUGGGUAGAGGACAAUCUGUUGCCCAAGUGGGCAUCCUUGCGCAUACCUGUACAUCCCGAGCCAUCCCCUUUCCUUGCCCAAUGUUACAAGGUGCACGAUGAAAUGCGCCUGGCCAACAAAUUCGCAAAGUCUGGACUGCAAGUUAUCAUAAAGAUUGCAUCGAUUGAGCUCACACCCGAACAUUCCAAAUUUGCUGCUGGAUCGUGGCAUGUUGAAGGUCAGCUAAACGAGAGGAUCUGUGCGACGGCCUUGUACUAUCUCGACAGCGACAACAUAACCGAAAGUAGCCUGUCCUUCGAGAUGCAGACCGACUCCUAUAUCGACAGAGAGCCUGGUUUCAGAGUCGACCAGGAUUCAUACAAUUGGCUUCAAAGUGUUAUAGGGGCCAAUUUGGGUGUAGGGAACGCAUCAGCUUGCCUACAGGCCUGUGGUACCGUCACGACUGGCCAGGGCCGACUUCUCGCGUUCCCAAAUACUCUCCAGCACGCAGUGUCGCCCUUUGAACUUAAAGAUAAGACCAAGCCCGGACACCGCCGCUUCGUUGCGCUAUGGCUGGUCGACCCCCACGUGAGAAUCAUAUCCACGGCCAAUGUCCCGCCGCAGCAACAGUCGUGGUGGGUGGAGUCCAUCCUGGACAAAAGUCCGGCAGAGCGGGAGGCGGCAGUGGCACAGCUACCCGAAGAGAUACUCGAAUCUUUGCGAGAGGCCGGCGUGUUUGACUGCGAUGACCAGCCCACAACCGAUAGGAAUGGCCAGGGAAAGGCGGCGACGUUGCCGGAGGAGGUCGCCCGCAUAAUGUACGACCACGCGGAGACUAAGGGCUUGAUGAGCGAAGCCGAGGCGCACGACCACAGACUCGGGCUGAUGAAUGAACGGGCCCGGGUUGAAAACCACGAGGAACGCUUUUCUUCAUAUUGCUUCUGUGAGCAUUAAUUGGGUCGUUGGUUGGAUUCCCAAUGCGGCUGCGCAUCGAUUCAGAUAUAAUUGGCACGCGUUGCUGUUUUGUUUGGAACAGUGGGACGCUGAAAACCCCAUCUCACCCCAAAAUCUUCACAAGUCUUUCACUUCAGAGGAAGAGCACAUGAAAGUAAGUCAAUUCGACUCGUUUUUGCCCUCAUUUUGCAUUAUUAUUAGACGUGACAUGUGGCAUCCAGGACGUUUGCUGGAGGUUGGAUGAAGACCAAUUGUUAUUUAGUUUAGAAGUAAAAAGAGCUGAAGAUAGCACUUAAUCUCACGUGCAUUUUCCCA